AUGGCGUUUCUGUCCAUCUCACUGUCUCUAACUUCUUCAACUUCCACGGCCUUGUUGCUGUGCCCUUCAUCUUCAUCGACGUCUUCGUCGAGCAGGAGCAACCGUGUCCGCCAAACUAUUGUGCGACCAGAAUCUCUCUUCCUUAUGCCGUCUCUCACUUUCCCACGAAUAUCAAUUACACCCAGCCUCCGUCGGAAUUCACAGGUAGUUCGUAUGGCUCCCGAAGAAGAGAAGAUGACUCGCCGUUCCCCCCUCGAUUUCCCUAUCGAGUGGGAAAGACCAAAGCCUGGGCGCCGACCAGACAUCUUCCCCCAAUUCAGCCCCAUGAAAACACCAUUACCACCACCUCUUCCAGCUGAUCCUCCUGAAGAAGAUGAGGAGGAGGAAGAAAAUAAAGAGGAAGAGGAGGAAGACCCUGAAAAGGAAAAUCCGGAUAAGCCAGAAAGUCAGUAG